GGCCAUUUCAAUUCAGCAUUCUCAAUUGAGCACAAUUAUUGAUGUAUUCCGUACAGAGACGCAAUUUCUUGUUGAUCCAUUGCAGAAUCCCGUCCUCGUUCCAGUUGUGCUGAACACGCUGGCCUACGCCGCACCUCCGCAUUUCCAUACCCUGUCAUCCCAGCACACUCAGGAUUGUCAAGGGCUAGGUAUCGCAUCAUCCGGUAUCUUCAUCUUACGAACAACCACACUUUUGACAGGGCCUUUUACCCAAGCGAAAAAGAUACGUAUCUGGUACCCUCGACGACCGGUUCCUGGGUUCCUGGUCUGCGGGCAACGGAUCCGCAUGCCUGGUCCAGCCCCAUAGAUGGGAUUAUCGAUGUCGACACCUGCUGUUGACGAACCUUGAGGAGUGGUAGGGAGGGGAUUUUGGAUGCGAAGAUGACAUCUACGAGAAUCUCCUUUACGCGCGACCCGAAAUCAGGACUCUAUGGUCCGGAUCCAGCGCUGGUCGCGGAGGACGAGGACAAGGUGCAGAGUGUUUGGGAGACGGCGUUUUUGUCCCAGCGCGAUGUCGGACUGAACAUACCAAUCAACUACCUCACCGUCCCGGGCAUCUCGCUCCGUGCUGCCUGUUUCGCCCAACAAAAGUACGAGGAUACCGCCUUCCGGAGAUGCUUCUCAAAUCUUCUGGCUGCUGGGUUUAGGAGGUUUGUGGUGGAUGUCUUUUGGGAUGCCGGGAGGGGAGUCUGGGGAUUGUGUCCGGUCGAGGUGCCUGAAGUGAAUGGUGGAGGUGGAGGUGAUGCUGCCCCCGGGGGAGAGAAAUCAGUGGAUGCAUCUGCUUCUAUUAUAAGAGUUGGUCGAAGUCAAGAUGGAGGUUCCGUGACGGUCGGACCAAGCAGAGGGAGCCUAGAGGUGUGGGCACGACAGGAUGUGUCAGUGUCGUCCUCGGCGUCAGUGACGGCCACUUCCACCGAGGAAACAAAAUCGGGACCCAUUAGCACAUUCUUGGAUACCACUAAUUUUCCGGCCGCCAUAUCGACUUCCACAACCGCAGUUCGUUCUCCGGAUCCGCAGCCUUCGGGCAGUGACGAAACCCCUCUCUUCCACCUUGACGACUAUGUUUGCUCCGCCACAAUGAGUUUGGGGCUCCUAACAAGCCUGCUGGAUGACUACUUCGAAUAUACAGACAUUACCACCGAGGCCACACUGUCGUAUCUCAUUCUCAACAUCCACGCGGCUGCUUCAGUAGAGGCGCCCAACAAGCCCGCCGCACGGCCCAGCUUGGACAAAUUCCCAGUACCAGGACGGCGUAUCAGCGACGUCAUUAAGGGGAACCUGUCAGAAAAGUUAUACACACCAAAGAAGCUUAAAGAAGAUCGGGACAACCUCAAUCAGACCUGGUUCGCUGUCCAAUGGAACAAUAUGCCUGCCCGCGGGUACUAUUCAACAUCUCGGCGCACCGAUGACACUAGGAUGACUCGAGAUGGCUGGCCUACAGAGACUUUUAUUACGUUUCGGGAGUUCCACCGCGUGCUCGCCGGGUUUGGAACAAUCGAUCCGCAGAUGGCCGAUUACAACUUCGCUGGUGACUACCAUUCCAUCUUUCGUCCUGGUGAGCUGUUCAUUAUCCACAACACCACAAUCGACGCCGAGGGAAACUUCACGAGUGGCUGUCUUACCCACAGCGGAUCCCUAAAUCCCAAUGCCAAUUCUUCAUGGGCGACAUCCCUCAUUCCUCCGCGUUCCCUCCCCCAGAACCCCAACAUCGACCUCGCCAUUCCCGCGAUUACCAACUGCACAACCUGCGGAAUCUCCCCCUUUCUAAAUACCACCCUCUCCAACACAACCGCCGACCAAAACUAUAACCCCUACCUCGCUUUCACCCGCAGCACACUCUGGUCCUGGACCCCUUCCGAACCUUCCAACAUCACCACGCAACCCCGCGACAAGUCCCGCAGAUGCGCCAUUCUCUCCACCGCAGACCCCUAUCCAGGCCGGUGGUACACCACAGACUGUACUUCGCGCCGCCUUGCCGCGUGCCAGAAUCCGAACCAGCCGUUCAACUGGACAGUGUCGAGGGAGAAAGCCACCUACACCGAGGCCGACAGAAAGUGUCCGCAAGACUACACCUUCGCGGUCCCGAGGACGCCGCUCGAGAAUGCCGCGCUGCUCUCCGCUCUGUCGACCCUAAAUAGUGACCCUGUUGACGGGAACGACGAGGUGUAUAUCAACAUCAAUUCCCUGCACACGCGGAAUUGCUGGACCGCCAAUGGUGGCGCGAACGCCACGUGCCCGUACAGACCGCGCAUCGACCUCAACGAGACGCGCAUUGUCGUCGUCCCCGUCGUGGCGACCGUGAUUGUUUUCGUGCUGGCGGCGGCGACGGUUUUCGUCAAGUGUGCGGCGAAUCGGAGGGAGGCGAGGAGGGGUGGUGCGAGGAGGGUGCUGAGGGGGUGGGAGUAUGAGGGUGUGCCUAGUUAG